AGGAAACUGCUUCUCUGCCGGAGGAGGAUGGACCUGAGGUGUGCCUGGAUGCUCUGCGUGCUCUGCUUCAUCCUCACGGCCCAAGCGUUUACCCCGGAACGGUUCAAGGAGGUGGUGCUGAAGCAGCUGGGGCUGUCCGAGGUCCCUAAACUUCAUACGAGAGACUUGGUGGACCUGGUUAUCCCAGACCACGUCAAGAACAAGUACAUGUCCAUGCUGAAGCGCCAGAGGGUGAAGCGCAGAGCUCUGCCGAGCCUGGCUGGCAUCCUCAGGGGGAUCCCGGGACACACAGGGGAAGUCCUCUACUCUGACACAACCACACGCCAGAAGCUGAUGUUUGACAUGGAGGGCAGAAUACCUAAAAACAGCGAAGUCACAAUGGCUGAACUGAAACUCUUCAAAAAGCCUCUGGACAGAACAAACCUGCCUGCUAAGCAGUCUCACAGGCCUGUCUCCAAUGCCAGAGUCAGCGUGUACUGGGUGCAGCAGCAACACGAUGGUACCAACAGGACCUCCCUGAUAGACUCCAGGCUGGUUCCUAUUCGUGAGUCGGGCUGGAAGAGCUUUGAUGUGACCCAGGCCGUGCAUUACUGGCUGCGAAACAAGAGGCGGGAGCCGAUGUUCCUGGAGGUGUGGAUCGAAGGGGAAAGGCUGGGCAGUUAUGCCUCGGAAAUGGCCAAAGCCGUGCGCUUCACCUCGCAGGACCCCAGGGAUAAAACCCUAGGCAAGCCUGAGCUGGUGCUUUACACCCUCGACUUGGAUGACUAUGGGAGCCCUGGGGACUGCAGGGAGGAGGCGGCGAUGGGGAAAUCCACCUGCUGCCGGCAGAAGCACUACAUCAGCUUCCGCGAGCUGCCGUGGGCGCAGCACUGGAUCCUGGAGCCGGCGGGGUUCCAGGCGUACCGCUGCUCCGGGAGCUGCCUGCAGCCGCCCCGCGCCCUGCGCCGCCUCGGCUCCGGGCAGCGCUCCUGCGCCGUGGCGGGCAGCUCCGCGCUGCCCAUCAUCUACCUCGUCAAGAGGGGCAACCACACCGAGAUUGAGGCGGCCGAGUUCCCCAACAUGAUCGUGGAGAGGUGCAGCUGCGUCACGGACGGUGAGGCGCUGGUGUGA